AUGCAAGACAAUGUUGUGGAGGCAUAUCAGCUUGCUCUAUGUAUGGUAUUGUUGUUUGUUGAAGCAAAUGAGGCGUUUUCAAGUAUGGCCAGCAUGGGACUAUCGCCAAACAUGAUUGUUUAUUUGAUGGGAAGUUACAAACUUCAUCUUGGAAAUGCUACUCAGAUUCUUCUCUUAUCUUCUGCAGCCAAAAAUUUCACGCCUGUUAUUGGCGCCUUUCUUGUAGAUUCUUCUUUGGGUCGAUUCUUGGGUGUUGGAUUAGGUUCUGUUGUCACUUUCCUGGUAUGGAUGACAUUGCUGUGGUUAACAACCAUGGUCCCACAGGAAAGGCCUCCAGCUUGUGUACAUCCAACAAAAGGCUGUAAAUCAGCAACGAAAGGUCAAAUGGCAAUGCUACUCUCUGCAUUUGGUCUAAUGUCAAUUGGAAAUGGUGGUCUUUCAUGUUCCAUGGCGUUUGGUGCUGACCAACUGAAUAGGAAAGAUAAUCCAAAUAGCUAUAGAGUCUUGGAAACAUUCUUCAGUUGGUAUUAUGCUUUCACAAUUAUUGGUGUCAUAAUAGCUAUUACAGGAAUUGUAUACAUUCAAGAUCAUCUCGGUUGGUUUUACCAUUAA